AGGAGCAGCGGCAAAAUGUCGGCGCUGCCGAGCUGGCGCAGGGCGUACGGCGCGCUCAAGGACUCCACCACCGUCAGCCUCGCCAACCUCAACUCCGACUUCAAGGAUCUGGAUGUGGCGAUCGUGAAGGCCACCAACCACGUGGAGUGCCCGCCCAAGGAUCGCCACCUGCGCAAGAUCGCGGCGGCUUCGUCCAUCGCCGGUCCCCAAGCGGACGUCGCCUACUGCGUCCAUGCGCUUGCCCGCCGCCUCACUAAGACCCGGAAUUGGAUCGUUGCAUUGAAGACACUUGUGGUAAUCCAUCGACUCCUCCGGGAUGGUGAUCCUACAUUCCGUGAAGAACUUCUCAAUUUUACACAAAGGGUUCAAAUUUUGCAGUUAUCUAACUUCAAGGAUGACUCCAGUCCUAUCGCUUGGGACUAUUCUUCAUGGGUUCGCACAUAUGGUUUAUUUUUAGAGGAAAGACUGCAAUGCUUCAGGAUAUUGAAGUAUGAUGUUGAAGCUGAGCGUUUGCCCAAGCAAGGUCAAGGGCCUGAAAAGGGGCACAGUCAAACCAGAGAAUUAGAUUCUCAGGACUUGCUGGACCAGAUGCCAGCACUGCAGCAGUUACUGUAUCGACUUAUUGGAUGUCGGCCAGAAGGAGCUGCCAAUAGAAAUUAUUUGGUGCAAUAUGCUCUAGCUCUUGUUCUUAAAGAAAGCUUCAAAAUUUACUGCGCAAUAAAUGACGGAAUUAUCAACCUUGUUGACAAGUUUUUCGACAUGCCAAGACACGAAGCACUUAAAGCCCUUGAAAUUUACAGGAGAGCUGGCCAGCAGGCUGGAAGCCUAUCUGACUUCUAUGAAAACUGCCGUGAGUUAGAACUCGCAAGAAAUUUUCAGUUUCCCACUUUGAGGGAGCCACCACAAACAUUCCUUUCAACCAUGGAAGAAUACGUGAAGGAGGCUCCACGUAUGGUUCCAGUUAAGGAUCCGUUGGAGUUUCCUGAGAGGCUUCUUCUGACAUACAAACCGGAAGAAUCAGAGGAACUUCCUGAGCCUGUUCCUAUUAAGUUGGAAAUACCGGUACCACACAUGGAAGAACCUUCUCCACUACCAUCUUCAGCUGAAGUAGCUUCACCUCCUCCCAACCCCAGGGUUGCAGAUACCGGUGAUUUACUGGGAUUAAGUGAUCCAAACCCUAAUGUAUCAGCAAUAGAGGAAAGCAAUGCUUUGGCCUUGGCUAUUACUCCAAAUGGUGUUAAUGCUUCAACAACUAGCACAACUAUAACGCAAGAUACAGGAUUUGAUCCAACGGGAUGGGAACUUGCUCUUGUCACUACCUCGAGUAGCAAUACAAAUUCACUGGCUGUGGAUAGUAAUUUGGGUGGUGGACUCGACAAGCUCACAUUGGACAGCUUGUAUGAUGAUGGAGCCUACAGACAGAUGCAGCAACAGCUGCCAUAUGGUUCAGCACCUCACAAUCCCUUCAUGGCGACCGAUCCUUUUGCAGUAUCGAAUCAAGUAGCUCCCCCACCAUCAGUUCAUAUGGCCACUAUGGCCCAGCAGCCCCAACAGAUGGCUAUGGCGAUGCAACCAAAUCCCUUCGGGCCACCCUUACAGCCACAGCUCACUGGCAUGGCGAGCGUACCAAACCCGUUCCUAGAUGCCGGUUUCGGCCCUUUCCCGGCAGAUGGAAAUGGAAUGCAUCCACAAGCCAACCCGUUUGGAACUGCCCAACUUUUAUAAGCUUUACACCUUACAGUCACAGUUACAUACA